AUGGUCAGCAGCCCUAGGGUCCCUGGUCAGCAGGCACAGUGGUCCAUGGUCAGCAGCCACAGUGGUCCCUGGUCAGCAGCCACAGUGGUCCCUGAUCAGCAGCCACAGUGGUCCCUGAUCAGCAGCCACAGUGGUCCAUGGUCAGCAGCCGCAGUGGUCCCUGGUCAGCAGCCACAGUGGUCCAUGGUCAGCAGCCACAGUGGUCCCUGGUCAGCAGCCACAGUGGUCCCUGGUCAGCAGCCACAGUGGUCCCUGGUCAGCAGCCACAGUGGUCCAUGGUCAGCAGCCCUAGGGUCCCUGGUCAGCAGCCACAGGGGUCCCUGGUCAGCAGCCACAGGGGUCCCUGGUCAGCAGCCACAGUGGUCCAUGGUCAGCAGCCACAGUGGUCCCUGGUCAGCAGCCACAGUGGUCCAUGGUCAGCAGCCACAGUGGUCCCUGGUCAGCAGCCACAGUGGUCCAUGGUCAGCAGCCACAGUGGUCCAUGGUCAGCAGCCACAGGGGUCCCUGGUCAGCAGCCACAGGGGUCCCUGGUCAGCAGCCCUAGGGGCCCUGGUCAGCAGCCACAGGGGACCCUGGUCAGCAGCCACAGGGGGCCCUGGUCAGCAGCCACAGUGGUCCCUUGUCAGCAGCCACAGGGGCUCUGGUCAGCAGCCACAGGGGGCCCUGGUCAGCAGCCACAGGGGACCCUGGUCAGCAGCCACAGUGGUCGCUGGUCAGCAGCCACAGGGGCCCUGGUCAGCAGCCACAGGGGGCCCUGGUCAGCAGCCACAGGGGCCCUGGUCAGCAGCCACAGGGGGCCCUGGUCAGCAGCCACAGGGGCCCUGGUCAGCAGCCACAGUGGUCCCUGGUCAGCAGCCACAGGGGACCCUGGUCAGCAGCCACAGGGGGCCCUGGUCAGCAGCCACAGGGGCCCUGGUCAGCAGUCACAGGGGGCCCUGGUCAGCAGCCACAGUGGUCUCUGGUCAGCAGCCACAGUGGUCCAUGGUCAGUAGCCACAGUGGUCCCUGGUCAGCAGCCACAGUGGUCCCUGGUCAGCAACCACAGGGGUCCCUGGUCAGCAGCCACAGGGGUCCCUGGUCAGCAGCCCUAGGGUCCCUGGUCUCCAGCCACAGUGGUCCCUGGUCAGCAGCCACAGGGGGCCCUGGUCAGCAGCCCUAG